GCGGCGCGCCCUGCGCCGGGCCGGGCGGCGGCAGCGGGGCCGCGCCCCCCGCGCCAUGUCGGCCGAGAGGCGGCCGCGCUCGGGCCGCGGCGGCGAGGGCAUCAAGUUGUCAGCAGAGGUCAAACCAUUUGUUCCAAAGCAUGCGGCGGUAACUGUGGCAUGGUCAGAACCCUCAGAAGCAUGUGUCUUUCCUAGGUACUUAACUACAUGCUACCCAUUUGUUCAGGAACCAUCUUUGGAUAAUGUUCUGGGAGAUCCUGCCUUCCGAGAAUACUCCAACUGCUCUUACUCACCUGCUGGUGUUGCUAAUGUGUAUCCAGUAGCGGGCUCACAGUGUCAGUCUAACAACUCAACAAACUCUAAUGGUUCAGGAAUAGUCAGUGAAUCUGCUGAGCAAACUUAUCCAGUCAGACAAGAAAGUAAGAGUCUUUCAAAGCAAAGGAGAUCAAAAGAAGGUGAGAAAAAACAGGACAAGAAAAGGCAUGAUGGAGGUGAAGCUUCUGUCAGAAUUGCGAACAGGACUUCAUUCCAGACUUCAGCAUACAGCAGAGAUUCCAUGAAGCCAGACAGGUUCAAUAAAACUACCAAGAAGAAGUCAACUGAAGCUCCAAAACCAGAGUCUCGCCCUGUGCCCACAUUUGAAGCUAGCGUUCUGGAUUUCCAUAAGUCACAGAGUUUGGGAAACAGUGAGAUACUGAAUGUACAUCAUAAAAGUACACCAGAAGAUACUUCUGCAAAAAGGAAAGCUUCACCAAGAGCUUCAGAUGAAGCAGGAGCCAAUUUAAUUCCCUCUUCACUUGAUGGUAGGGUGUCAUUUCCUGAAGCACCUGCAGAUGGCUCUGCUCAGCCACAUGUGUCUUGGGCUGUGGUACUUUCACAGCCCCCAAAGAAAAUUGUUUCAUCACCAGCAUCUGAAGGUCUUUCCAGAGGCAAAGGGAAGCAGGAGAGUGAACCAAAGCAGUCAGAAACGAAAAAUAUUCCGAGUGAAACUGAGCCUGAAGAAGAGUCAGAAAAGAAGAAAAAAAAGAAGAAAAAGAAGAAAAAACUAAAGUCACCCACUGAUGUAGAAAGACCUCAAAGUGAAUCUAACAUAAUACAGGAACCACCAAAGAUUGAGGAUGUUGAGGAGUUUCCUCAUCUGGCAGCUGCUUCUGAUAGGAGAAACAGGGUAGGACCUCAGAAACCAUCCUUUACUUCUGCAGUCAGAAAGCAGUCUGAAAUCCAUCUUUCCGAAGAGCCUUGUGAUAGUUGGUCUCCCUCUCUGGAUGAAACUCCCAAGGUGGAUGGACUGACAGGGAAACAAGCUUCGUCUUCGGUAUUAGAAAGAAAGAAAACUCAGGAAACAUCCAGGAACAGUGGUAAGAAGAGUCAAAUUCCAGUGCAGUUGGAUUUGGGUGGCAUGCUUGCAGUCUUGGAGCAGAAGCAGCAAACAGAGAAGUCAAAACAGUCUCCUAAACCUGUGGUAUUUUCAGUUGGUGGUGCCAUACCAUUGUUAUCUAAAGACCCCACUUCCGCCACAAGAAGUCACCGUUUAAACCAAGGAAAGAUGCCUCAUAAUCCCUUGGAUUCCAGUGCUCCUUUGGUAAAGAAAGGGAAACAGAGAGAAGUACCUAAAGCCAAGAGACCAACACCUCUUAAAAAGAUUAUUCUGAAAGAAAGAGAGCAAAGAAAACAGCAGCACCUGUUAGAACAGAAAGCAGCACCAAAAGAUGAAGACAACAUUUCUCAGACAGCAGGAAAUGUUACUGAAAACACAACCCUUCUACAGGAUAGUCAAGCUGUUCCGGUAACGCAAGUUGGUGAAGGGUUUCCGGAGCACAUGGGGAUCAAGGAAUCUAAAGAAGGUUCUGUGACUUCAAAGCAGCUAACUGCCACUCUUCCUAAAAUCCACAGCAGGAAUUUUAGAGAUUACUGCAGCCAGGUACUUAGUAAAGAAGUUGACAGUUGCGUGACAGAUCUCUUGAAAGAAUUGGUUCGUUUCCAAGAUCGCUUGUACCAGAAAGACCCAGUAAAGGCCAAGAUAAAACGCAGGCUUGUUAUGGGUCUCAGAGAAGUUCUGAAACAUCUGAAGCUGAAAAAACUGAAGUGUGUCAUCAUCUCUCCUAACUGUGAAAAGAUUCAAUCAAAGGGUGGGCUGGACGAGACUCUGCACAACAUUAUCGACUGUGCCUGUGAGCAGAAUAUCCCGUUUGUUUUUGCCCUGAAUCGCAAGGCCCUGGGCCGCUGUGUGAACAAAGCAGUGCCUGUGAGUGUGGUGGGAAUUUUCAGUUAUGAUGGGGCUCAGGACCAUUUUCAUAGAAUGGUACAGCUUACAACAGAGGCUAGGAAGGCCUACAAAGAUAUGAUAGCAGCUUUAGAGGAAGAAGCUAAAGCAGAACUAAGAGAAGCCCAACCCAGCAUCUUAACUCCUGAAUCUGAAAAAAAUGGCUUGUUAGAAACUUGUAAAACACCUUCCAAGGACUCGGAUGAGGAUGUACCAAAUUACAUUAAAGUCUGGAAGAGAAAACUUGAAGAAGAAUAUAACCCAUAUGCACUGGCUUUGGAGAAGAGUGCAACUGCUGACAUGGCCAUACUGAAUUUGGAAGACCAUCAGUAAAUCCAGAUCCAGGUCUAUUGGGCUUGGAAGAAGGUAGCAAAAUAACAUAAUAUAAAGAAAUACCUGAAGUUAGCUAAGCAAACUGGUCUGAAUCCCUUUAAGCAAAAUAUACACUGGAGCACAUGA